AUGUCCAGAAUAAUAGACAGAAAUCAUGAUGUUGCAAAUGAAUUUAAUUAUUACUAUAACAAUGGAGGAAAAGAUGACUGUUCAAAACUUGUCGGUGAUAGAAUAAAAAAUAUAAUUGGUGAAAAUAUUUAUAAUCAAAAUACAAUACAAAUUAUAACUAUCGCAGUUAUCAAUUAUCUAUGCGCUCUUGUUGAAAUAGUGCAAAUUGUUGAAAUUAAUAGAUGGAAGAAACAAGCAUAUGAAUGUCUAAAUGCUGAUAAACUAGAUGGUGACAAACAUAGUAUAGAAGUUAAUAUUGAAACUUACGAGGUUCCAUUGAUAAUAAUACUAUUAAUAUGUGCAACUUUACAAGUUUUUUUCACCUGGCAAUUAUAUCGUCAAUUUGGCUGGAAUAUUUAUAAAAAAAUUGGCGCUGACCUUAGGAUGCAAAGACUUUAUCGAACAAUGUUAAUUUUCGUCAUGUUUUUAAAGAUUGAUCUUUUCUUUAUGAGUUAUCUGGCUAUUGAAGCCUGUACGGUAUCACCUCCCAACCGUUUAACUGAUUCGAGAUUAUAUUACUUCCACGUCUGUAUAACGAUUAUUAUUGUUUUAUCGCAAAUACUUGCUUAUCGUUCGUUACGUAGUGAGUCUUCCUUAGGAAUGAAAAUCUUUAUUGGAGCUUGGAUAGUAUGUAUUGCCGACUUUAUAAUAUUACUUAAAUUUUCAAUUAAGUCUUCUAGCGAGGAAAGUUGGUACUUUUUCAGCGCCGUUAUUGUUAUUGGACUUGUAAUGGGUUUGGUAACGCUAUUAUGGUCAAUAUUUGUACUAAGAAAUUUCGGAAAAGGUUUAAAACCACAUCUCUCUAGACCCUACAGUUUACCUACACAACGACCAUCCAACAACAUUACAAGCUCAUCAGACCCUCCUACUCGCCCACCGCGUUGGGCAAUCGAUGAUUAA